AUGCGUCAUGAAAAGAUCAAAGGGAGGCUUGCCUGUAUCAAAAUGGGACGUAAAAGUGAUUCACAACCUGCAACUCCCCUCCCAAUAGGGUUGCCGGUGCUCAACACCGGUAAUCCCUGGGAAAUUUUUUCAAAUGUGACGUUAGAAAACAGGCAAAAGCUAGAACCUAACGAUUUUGUACUUCUCACAUCCAAUGGAAUUAUAGCUCAAGUGCAAUCGAUUUGGAAGGUGGAGAAUGAUGCACCUGUGCAGUCUGUAUUACUUCUCAAAAAAUGCCUACCGGGGAGUAUGAUAGUUCAUUACGCUAUGAGAGAGAUACUGGUAACGGAUGAAGUGGUAUGUAAAAGUGUGAAGAAAUUAUCGAUUUCAAUACAAAGUAAGAAUCAGAUUGAACCUUUUUGGAAACAUUACACUGUUGUGCCUACUGUUAUAUAA